AAAAAAUACACGAGGCUAUUUCGACAAAUCGACGAACUAAUACUAUCGUUUGGAGUAUAAACUUUUUUGAUUACUUUAAAUUCAUCGAAGCUAGUUGAUGUUUCAACUGAUGUAUACGUCGGUAUGUGAAAGGGUCAUAAAAUGUAUUUGAUCUGAAAUGAAUUUUAUCUGAAAGAACAACACAUUUUCCGAAUCCAAGACGUCUGUUAACGGGUUCCUGUUAACGACACCGCACGAUACAGAGUGAUACUCUAUAGACGACAUCAGUAAAAUGGAAAAGAACGAUAGCUCAAGUGCGAUGUCUUCGUUGGCUAUGUACGGAAGGGCCGACGAAGAAAUUUCUGAUGAUGAACAAGAAAAACUUGAUACUCCUUCCAUAUCUGCGAUUGAUAAUAUUUCGGACGAAGAAACCGAAUUACCAGGGUCUCGACCAUCUUCAAGGCCCGUUUUGGAAGAGGAUUACAACUCUGGAUCUAGCGCACCGGAUAGGGAACCAACGAAGAAACCGCUGAAAAGAAAGCCUACUAGAUUAGUGUCCUAUGCUAAAGAUGAUCUUGAAUCUGAUGAGGAAGAAAAAUCUGAUGAAGAAGAAGAAGAUGAAGUGGAAGAUGACAUCGUCUCAGAUGAACGUGUUCUGAAUUCUUCUUUAAACCCAGAACAAGCAUCUUUGUUGUCAAGAAGUGUGCUGAAUAAAACAGCAGAUGAAAUAGAAAUACCUCCAGAGCCUGCAGGAAAAUGUCCCCGUCACUUACAGGAUAAAAUUGCUAAAUUGUAUGAGAAGAUGAGAAGAGACGGGCUCAAUAUGGUGGCAUCAAUAGAAAGAAGGAAAGAUUUCCGUAAUCCAAGUAUAUGUGAGAAACUAAUAGAGUAUUGUGGCAUAGAUGAGAAGGGCACCAACUAUCCACCAGAAAUUUUUGAUCCACACAGAUGGGGAAAAGAAUCAUUUUAUGAUGCCUUAGAUAAAGCUCAGACAAUUGAAGUGAAUAAAAGGGAGAAAGAAAAGAAAGACAGAACAAAGAUUGAGUUUGUGGUUGGUACAAAAAAGCCUACAUCAGAUGGACCAUCAGAUGAGAAGAAGAGAAAGAGUAAAUGGGAUGCCCAGCCUAAUGUCAUCAACAUACCUGGGAUGAUCAACCCAGCUGUUAUUAAUCUGACCGCCACUGGGACCAAAUCAACAGUCAUACCUGCCCACGGCAGUAUAACAAAGAAAUCAUCAAAGUGACCAAUUUAGUCAGUGGUCAACUCUACCUGUUAAAAGGAACAUUUAAAGUGACACUUUAGCCAAGUCACUGGUCAACUCUACCUGUUAAAAGGAAAAUUUUAAGUGACACUUUAGCCAAGUUAAUGGUCAACACUACUUGUUAAAGUGAACAUUUAAAGUGACCACUUGUUUAGCCAAGUCAGUGGUCAACUCUACCUGUUAAAGGGAAUAUUUAAAGUGACCACAUCCUAACAAAGUCAAUGGUCAGCAGAACCUGUGACAGCCUCAAAGUGACCCCUGUCAGUUAUUGUUGAUAAAGGCUGAAAUGAAAUGAAAAUGUUACUGGAGGAAAAAAUGGUACAGGUGUUUUGCUGUGCAUCACUAAGUAAAUUGUUCACUAAGAAUGUUAAGAAUGAAGCAAUAUUACAGACGUUUGAAACACUGCAGCAGUCUCCUGAAAGGCUGAUACAAGUCCUGCUGUGUUGUGUAGAUCAGUUUUCAUUUGGAACAGAUUUGUACUUACAUGUAGUUGUGAAUGUCACAGACACAUUUACACGGACAUAAUCAAGAACUGCUGACUUGUCAUUUUAACCUACAGAGCCAUUGAUCCUGACAAAUAUAAACCAGUGACAGACGGGAUCAUAUGAUGAAUAUUUGUCUGAAGCCAGUAAUUAGAUCGGGUCAAAGGCUAAGAUCUAUAGGUAGGUCAUCUAAGAUAUCCAGUAGUUUUAAUCGUGAUGUAUCUUUCUGCAACCUUGGAACAUGUCGUGAAAUUGAAAGUCAGUGGAAUCAAUUAGAUUCAGACAGAAAAUUAAAGCAGACCUAUCGCUGAUAUUUGUCCGUAACUGCUAGACACAAGUCGGAGGCAAGUCAAUCUUGCCUCUAUAUAAAUCCAUUAUUCCUUUAUUAAGAGAUUACAAGGAUGCAUGGUUCUGUAACAAUCUCCAGUCUGGUAUGAUCAGCAGACUGGAGGAAUGUAGAGACCCUUCAGUUUGGCCAUGACAUAUUCUAAAGAUGCCGAGAAGAUCAAUAUAUUGAGAGCAGAACUCUUGUGGUUUAGAAGAUCUGGCCAAGUCUUUUAAUUCAAAUUCAUAUGUUAAUUUAAGAGUAACAAGUGUUAAUGCUGCUGGCAGAUAUAUGGAUGUGUUGCAGUCUAAAGAUUGUGAGAAGUGUAUAAAUCAUAAUCUAUAAGAAGCAUAUGUGCAGUUUUAAGUGUGAAUUGGUAACAAUCCAUAUGUUGGUAGAUAAUUUUGUAAACUGGGGGUAUCUGAUUUCACUGCAUUUAUAGAUUCAUGGUAUAAUUGCUGUCUAUCGCAUUUAGAGUGCAUGUAAUUUUACUCAUUCAUCUGAUAGAUAUCUAGGUAUUAAUAUCCAUUAUUGUCAAUAUUCUGAUUACGUUAGGGAGGUUAUAUUAUGUACAAUGUAUAUCGGUAUGUGUGAGGAUGUAUGUGUCUGAAGUGGAAUUAAUUGUAAAUAUCUGGUAGACACCAGACUAGCCUGAAAUGGUAAAAUACAAAUCUAAAUUUUAUAAAA